AACUUAAAAGUCGAUGGUUAUUAAAAGAAAACAUUAAAAACAUUGUUAUUAAGCUUUACUUAUUUGGAAACAACACGAGGGUCUUAAAAUGAUAAUAUGUGUGGUAACUGAAUUUGGCGUCUUAUCCUACAGAUGAUUUUGCACGUUAACAAAUUAUUUAAGUUUUUGAAGAUUGUUAGCGAUCUCCAGACCACCAUUUGUUUGUAAAAUGGAUAGCUUAUACGUGGCCGUCGUAUGCUCAUCUAACAUGAAUAGGAGUAUGGAAGCGCACGCGUUUUUAGCGAAGAAGGGAUUCAAAGUUAAAUCUUUCGGCACCGGAGAGAAAGUGAAGUUACCUGGCGCUUCGGCUGACCGACCCAAUUGCUACGAGUUUGGAGUUCCAUACGAUGAUAUUUACAAUGAUUUGCUGGAGAAAGAUAAAUCGUAUUACACUCAAAAUGGGCUUUUGCAUAUGCUCGAUAGAAAUCGCCGCAUAAAACAGUGUCCGGAAAAAUUCCAAGUGAGCUUGGAGAGAUUUGACGUCAUUAUAACUUGCGAGGAGAGAGUUUACGAUCAAGUUAUAGAAUGGUUUGGAUCAAAACGGUCAAUUCAUAAUCAACCAGUUCAUGUUGUUAACAUUGAUAUACAAGACAACCACGAAGAAGCUACAAUAGGAGCAUUUCUGAUAAGUGAUAUGGUGACGAAAAUGGCUCAAAGUGAAGAUCUUGACAAUGACAUUGAUGAACUAUUGCAUGAUUUUGAAGAAAAAUGCCAUAGGCCAAUUUUAAACUGUAUAAUGUUCUACUGACACAGCAUUAUAAAUAAAAUAACAUUUUCUGUAAAAAAUACAGCCGGUUUAUGU